AUGAAACAACAAAUUUUACUGAUAGUUUCGCGGUUUUCGCAUCCUUACAGAUUCAAACAAUCCUGUUUCGAUAUUUUACAAUAUUUCGUUGCAGCUUUCCGAGCCGCUGUGCUCAUUCAAUGUUGGUAUAGAAAGGUUGUUGCGAAACUCGAGGUUCGCAGACAAUGUGCAUGGCGCGUUCUACAAGCCUUUGAAUACACAAGAGAUGAAGGUGAUUUGAACCGGGUCGCGGAAUUUUUUGCAGAACUCAGUCGUGAAACUGUUGUGUCGAAUGCCCCUUGUGGUGCUGCGGCGAUCUGGGUAGACAGUUCGGAUGAAGUAAAUUUUCCACUUGGCCAGCGUGAAUUCAAGAACCUUUUGCACGUGCUUGCUUCAACAAAGAAACGGGUAACUAAAGAAUGGUUCGAGCGAAUCGUCAGUGAAGCUGCAAAUGCCUUGCAGCACGAACCAAAUAUCAGCGAAAUUCAACUAGAAGAGAACUCUUUUGUGAGCAUUUGUGGAGAUUUGCAUGGAAACCUCCAAGCUUUGCUACAAUUUUUCAGUCAAAACGGGCUACCUUCCGAGAAAAAUCGCAUAAUCUUCAAUGGUGACUUUGUCGAUCGAGGUUACAAGUCCGUGGAGGUGCUGUGCAUUUUGUUUGCCGCCUAUCUCGUCUUCCCUGGCUGCGUCUUUCUCAAUCGUGGGAACCAUGAGGAUAUACGGAUCAAUGAACUCUAUGGAUUCAAACGAGAACUCUCGUGGAAAUUCCCGAAUCAAGAAAAUGAAUUGCUUCAGACUUGCUCAAAAGCAUUUAGUCAACUGCCUGUCGCCUGCAUUGUUGACCAAACGAUCUUCGUUUGCCAUGGUGGAGUUGCUUCUUCAACAGAUUUACACAAAGUCCGCACGCUAGACCGAAGCAAGUUGGUGUCGGUUUUCAGUCCGUGUUUGGAUGGUCCAAAAGCCGUCAAUCUGCAGGAGUGGGAGCAGCUUUUGAAUUUACUAUGGAGUGAUCCUCAGGAGAAAUGCGGGGCCUCACUUAACACGUUCCGUGGAGCUGGGUGCUGUUUCGGACCAGAUAUUACCGAUGGCUUUCUUCAACGCCAUGGAUUGCAGCUGCUGAUACGGUCGCAUCAAUGUAUCCCGGAGGGGUGGAAAUUGCAACACUCAGAAAAAGUAUUAACCGUAUUUUCCGCCUACAACUACUUCGGUCACAAUACAAAUGAAGGCGCAUACAUCCGUUUGUCACUAAGGUCCCCAAAGUCACCGGUAACAAACGAACCGGUCAAUGAAAACACAGGAGAGAAGGUUCAUUCAUUUUCCCUGCUGACAUUGAAUGCUGGGAAUGCAUACCAUUCGAAAACAGGCUUUAAAAAUCAGUGGGCCACUCAAGUAGAAGUUGUCUUGCUUGAACGUCCAGAAGUUAAGCGGACCGAGCAAUGUUCAAAGGAAUUCACGAUAAACGCGGCUUUUGUCAAGUUAUGGAACCAUGUGUUACAGUUCGAGGAUGACAUUCUGAAGGACUGCAAGUCUGUUGACAAAUAUCAUACUGGAACAAUUGGCAUUUCCGAGUGGUGUGAUAUAAUGAGAAAACGGACACAACUGCAAUUACCCUGGCGAUUCCUGCGCUCGUAUCUAGUGAAUGCAGCCACUACAAAUGUAUCACGAGUGCUAUAUGAAACCAUGUUCACCGGACUCUAUGUCGUUCAUCCAAAGUUAAAGUCCAAUCCUGAACUGGCCAAACAAUUAUUCUACUACCAGGCUGCAAUCAAAACACUAUUUGAGAAGUUUUUUCCCACAGGUGAUUCA